AUGAAACGGAGUCACUCAUUCACGUCUGAUGAGCCAAAUGUGAGCGUUCCCAUAAGCAGCCUCGCCAGCUUAAGUGCUCCGGUGUCUCCGCCGCGAAGAAGAUUCGCCGAUACUCGACGUGCGCAAACCCUCACCGAAAACAGUCACGACGGCGUGGAAUCGCCGAGUCUUGCCGCCGUUGAAGCUGGGAAAAUCGAGGUAGAUGACCAUGUGAAGCUGUUUUCAACAAGACUGGCCCAAGCCUCAAGACCAGAAUCUCCUCUCGGCACAUAUCCCAGACUAUCAGUCAAGGACUGGGUCGACCUAUAUUUGAGAAACCAGAAUGCCAAUGGCCACCACUUUGUGAUCCACCAGCAUGAUCACCCCAUUGCAGGGCCCCACUAUGACCUGCGGCUUCAGUUCUCCGAAUCGAGCUCAUUGAGCUGGGCAAUCAUGUAUGGUCUUCCUGGAGACCCAAACAGUCGACGGCUAAACCGCAAUGCCACGGAGACAAGAGUCCAUUGCCUUUGGAAUCAUCUGAUCGAAACGGGGUCGACCAAGACAGGCAGUAUGAUUAUCUGGGAUACCGGGGAAUAUGAGGUAUUGCCAUACUAUCCGGAAACGAACCCCCCUGAGACGGACGAUUCAGCUUCAGAUGCAUCACAACUGUCAUCUAACCCGGCUGUAGCUCCGCUGUCGGAAAGCGUGAAGCUCAAGGACGCCUUUCAAAAUCGCAAAAUCCGCUUGCGUUUACAUGGGUCACGUCUACCAAAGAAUUAUACAAUAUCACUACGCCUCUCGUCGGAGAAUGAUAAUGAAGCUCGGGCAAGACCUAUUACAAAGAAACGAAGACGACGUACACAGCUCUCUCGCACAAAAGCAAACCGAACACCCUCUCCAUCUCGUUCUCCAUCUCCGGAGACUCAGGCUGCUCGGCCAAUACCACACGUCUUGGCAUCUGAAGAGAAAAACGAAGACGGUAUAGACGAAGGACAUUCAGCCUCCGCUCCAGACUCAGAGUCUGCCGAUGCCAAAACAAGGCUGACCAAUGCAUAUCCUGGGGCGACUAAUUCGGUGGGAUCAAUCCAUCAACGCAGAUGGUUCGUAUCUCUCGACCGCCUAAAUAGUGGAUUCGUUCAAGAUAAGAUGGAAAAGGCGUGGAAACGAGCGGAUAACUCAGGAGAUUUACUGGGCUUCGAAGCUUUCUACGUUCGAGGACCUGAGGCUGAGCGAAGCGUGGUUACCGGAAGAGCUGGACACGAAGUACUCGAAGAUGAACAUGCAACUGGCUUCGUACCAAGACGUGGAUGGAGACCUAUUCUCAACUAA